CCCCAAGGCGAAACCUACAAAUGCUCAGACGGUUCCGUUCUUCCGAGGAGAGUGGAGGUCCAUUCUUUGGCGUUUUCAAAAUACAAAAAAAUCAUUCCGAGCAUUAUUGAAAACAACAACAAUUGUGCGCGACUAUUUUAAAACGCUUCAUAUUUAUUAUCCAGGGAUAAAUUUAAUAAACAUUCUAUGCAAUUUUGGUUUUUUUUAAAUAUUAAUCGAGAUAGCAGAGUGGUGAAAUAAAAAAAGUGCACACGAUUGCCAUUGUGAACUUCAAUAAGGAGUUAUUAAUUCAACGGAGUGAAUGAAAGUGUGCGAUAAAGAGGGGAAAAAAACAAAAAAGGGGAUUUUAAGACGGAGAUACUGGGAGCGAGAGAAAUAACGAGGCAUUUGAGUGCGUGAACGUUUCGCUUUGCGAUAUAUUUGUUUACCUCGGUUGAGGAUUGAGACUGAAAUUCGCGGAAUCAGUUCGAGGACGAUUUAGUGUGAUGUUCAUAAGUAUAACGUCGGUGGCUCAUUCCCCCGGCUGUAAACUUGUGUAUACCAGUGACGAUUUCAAUCGUGUACACUCGUGUUGACGAUUUAGAUAAAGCUGAAUAAGUUUUUGAGAAUAAGGGACAAUAUCAGAUGAUAUGUGUGAGGAUUACGAGGAGUAUAAACUACCAGUGAGGAGUUGAAUUGAGAAACAAUAGCCGUUGAAUCACCAGUGAUUAUUGAGCUAGAGGACAAUUUUAAAGACACCGUAUUGAGUUCUCGAAGAAUUCGCAUACGUGUUUUUUUUUUAAAGAUAGAUCAUUGAUAAACGAGUGGUGAAAAAAGAAAUUUGAUUGACCAAGGUACUAUUAAAAAGGCGGCAAACUGUACGGCCACAGGGAGGAAGACAUGCUAACGAUGGAGACGGAUUUGAAGGGCGGCAGCCUUCACGGCCAAAUGCCGCCGCAUCCACACCAGGGUGUAUCCCCAAUGGGUCAUCACACAGGAGUAUCACCAUACGGUGCCCUAGGCUCGAUAGUUCACAGUCCAGCCUUGUCAUCGGGGUCACCACCUAGUUCAGGUGGUCUGAGUGCCCUGACCCUUCAACAUCAUCACCAGGCGCAACAGCACCACUACGCAUCGAUGCAAGCUGUCCAACAACAGCAACAGCAACAGAGUAUGCACAGCUUGGCACAGCAACAGGCUGCAGCACAUCAUCCCCAUCAGCAGUCGCAAUCGCAAGCCCCUUCGCAGCAGUCAAAUCCUGGCCAGCAGCAUCAAGCGCCCAACAACAACAACAGCACCAACAAGAACAACAACAUUGAUCGCGUCAAGAGACCGAUGAAUGCAUUCAUGGUGUGGUCGAGAGGACAGCGUCGUAAGAUGGCACAGGAGAAUCCAAAAAUGCACAAUUCCGAGAUAUCAAAGCGUCUUGGAGCCGAGUGGAAGCUUCUCAAUGAGACUGAGAAGCGUCCGUUCAUCGACGAAGCGAAAAGGCUGCGAGCUGUUCACAUGAAAGAACACCCUGAUUACAAAUACAGACCGAGGAGGAAAACCAAGACUCUAAUGAAGAAGGACAAGUUUCCACUUGGUUCUGGAGUUGGGGGUGUUGGAGGUAUGUUGGGGGUUGAUCAGCGUCAAGUCAGUGGUGGCGGUGGACCACAGCAGAGUCAGUUGCCAAGGGAUGUUUAUCAGAUGCCCAAUGGUUACAUGCCUAAUGGAUACAUGAUGCAUGAUCCGACGGCUUAUCAGCAGCAUGCCUAUGGUGGACACAUGGGUGCUGCUGCUGCUGCGGCUGCUGCUGCUGCUGGAUAUCCACGGUACGAUAUGAGCCAUCACAUGGGUGGUGGCAGUCCAAGUCCCAUCAAUAGUUACAUGAAUGGAUAUGGAGGAUAUGGCACAACAACUGUACCUGGAGGCUCACCAUCACCAUAUCAUCAGGCACAACCCGGAUCGCAGAUGUCGAGUCACAGUCCUAGUGGCAGCAGCAUCAAGUCUGAACCAACGAGUCCAGCAAGUGGUGGUAUUCAUACACCAACACCAACUGGUACGAGUACAUCGAGCAAUCCAGUCGUUAAGAGGGAGUACAUGGCACAGCAACAGGGACAACAACCACAGGGGGAUUUGAGACAGAUGAUCUCCAUGUAUCUGCCGCAGAGCGGUGAACAGGGAGUUAUACAACACUCGGCUGGGGUUUACUCACCUGGACCAUCACCAGAUCCACUGGCACAGCAUCAUUCGGUUAUACCACCGCUCACUCACAUGAUAGCUUAGACGCGGAUGGACUGAGGCCUGCCAGGGAUCUUGUGAAGCAUACAGGGAUAGUCGUGGGGAAAUGAUCGAAAAUAUUAAUAAAUCGAUAGACAGAUGAUUCCGGAUUUAUGAAAAAAACAGUCUAAAAUACACGAGUAAAAGUGCGGGGAGAAACUGAGAAAAAGUUAAUUGAGAGAGAAAAAAAAGGGUUGGAAAGAGGGCACGUGGGAGCCUGCGGAACAGCAAAAACACGUUUCCACAGAGAGGAUUUAAACGUCGAGGGAGCGAAUCAUUCUCAAGCAUCGUCAGCCUCAACUUGUUCAUCAGUUUCAUGCUGAAAAAAAAGAACCAAAAAAAAAAAUCCAGAACACAAAAAAAAUCAACUGGAGAAGAAAAAAAAAAUCAACGAAAAGAGUAGAAAAAAAAAGAAACCGAAAUGUUCACUCGAAAUUUUCGCUGCGGAAACGAGUCUCUUCCGCAAACUCCCACGUUAAAUCUUGAAGAGCCAUUCAGUGAAGAAUAAAAAAACAGAAAAAAACGUCAAUACAAGUAAAUUUAAAGAAACAAAUAAAAUGAAAGAGGGAGAAAUAAAAGUAAUCGUAUAUUACGGCCAGACUCGUUUUCCUCCAGUAACCACUGUGAUAAUAACAAUAAACGCGCUUCAGUAUGAUCGAACGAACGGGGAAACGAACCGGCAUAAAUGUGUGUGUUUUUUUUUUCUUCCCGAGGGAGGAUAAAAUGACGAAAAAAAGCGAAGAGACAAAAUGAAAAAGCAAGAAAAAUUGAUUAAGAAUGAGAGAAAUAGGGUCGUGGCUGGGAAUGCGACGUGAAGUUUAAUUAAAUAUAAUUAAAAUUAAUCUUACUGUAAAUAUUAUUUAUAAAUAUAGUAUACAUAGAUUAAUUAAACCUGCGUGUAUAUAUUAUAUAUUAGUUCUCUUGCAACCGGUAUUAGACGAAAGAGAAUCAAAUAAUGAGGAAGAAUUGAAAGAGACUCGUGUCGGAUUCCGUGGAAAUCAUCAGAUUAACAUGAAUUUAAGAGAAAAAUACGUUUUCGUCCCACCCCCGUGUGUGUAAAUACUUAAUCCGAUAUUAAAAAAUUUUAAACUUGAGAAAAUUGAAAAGAACACAAAGUAUAUAUGAAAUAUAUAUCGAAGAUGAUUGAAUAUAUUCGAGGACAGACGUUUAUAUUAUCAUUUAUCAUUAAUAUUAAUUGUGUCAUAAUCACAUCAGUGCCCUUACAUAAUCUUUAAUUAUUAAUCAUUAAUUAUGAACUAUUAUUCAAUAUCAUAAUAUUAUGAAUGCUCAUUAUUGUUUUCAUUUUUUUUUUUAACCACCCUCUUAUUUUCCUCUCCGCUCUCCUCAAAUCACUCACAAAUCAUUCAAGUAUUAUUACAUUAUGCAUUAAGUUAAUAUUAUUUCUCUCGCACUAUUAACAUUUUGUUCUUCUGUUGGACGAUAUAUUUGUCAUUUACUGAUCCAUGACUGUGAUCCCAUAGGACCUAUCGGACGACGUUUGCCCCAUUUUUUUAUCCCUACGCGCAAGAACUUCGAGCGCUUGAACUCUAGAAUAGAGUUGUAGAGAUAAAAAUUAUCACACGACAUCACACACACUCACAUGAGGACAGAGCGAGAGAGUGAGAGAGAUAAAAAAAAAGAUGGAGAGUAAAAAGGAAAAUUUAAGUUAUUGCGAUGAUGCUCGAGGGGUGGUGAUAAGGCGGACACCAUGUUGUUUUUUUUUAUUAUUAUUAUUAUUUGGCGCGAAAUUCGAACACGAAUUUGGUUGAAUAACAGUUGAUUGAAUACAGAAAAUUGAUGAAGAGAAAACCGAAAAAAAAACCAUUAAAUAAAAGGAUUAAUGAAAUAUAAUAGAUAGAUAUGUAUGUUUUUUUUUUCCUUUAUUAUGUAUGAUGUUUGUAUAUAGACGAGCACACACUUGGCUGCGUGUAGAUUAUCGAUUGGAAAGAAACUAGAGAGAAUAGUUGUGAACAAAAUUUAAUUAAUAUUAAACGAUAAUGAUUAUCAAAAUUAUUUGCAUUUGAAAUAUGUUUUUUCCUCUUUCCUCAAUCCCGUUUUUGAUUCUCUCUUGCUCGGUGGAUUCACAUCUCCCAGUGUUCGCCGGUCAUUUAUUUUAUUAUUUAUUUGAGAGAUUAUGAAUUGAGGGGAAUACAUUGAAAUGUUGUGGACGG